AUGACUUCUCAGAUCUCCUACAAUUUCCGUGAACUAUUCUUCAGCGAGCCUCCUUCUCGGGAUAUAUUUGAUGUACCAAAUGUUGUGACAAAGUACUACCAGCAUAUCUUGUCCUUGGUAUUUGCCAUCAACGAGAUCAAUAAGAAUCCAAUGAUCUUGCCCAAUUUCACACUUGGGUUCCACAUCUUUGACAGCUACUAUGAUGCGAGGCUGACGUAUCAUACCACUCUUGAGCUGCUCUUCAAAUCACAGACGUUUGUCUCCAACUACAAAUGUGACACCCAGAAAAAGAUCAUAUCCAUCAUUGGAGGACUUGGCUCUGAUGUCUCUUUCCGUAUGGCAGACAUAUUGAGUCUCUACAAGAUUCCACAGCUCACCUAUGGCUCAGUUAUCCCAGAGGAAAGAGAGAAAACGAGGAUAGCUUCCUUUUACAGCAUGGUCCCAAAUGAAGCCCAUCAGUACAUGGGAAUCAUUAGCUUGCUUAAACAUUUUGGAUGGACAUGGGUUGGGCUGUUUGCUGUGGAUGAUGAUAAUGGAGAACACUUUAUGCAGGCCCUGGAACGGUUGCUUUCUCAGAAUGGGAUGUGCUCAGCCUUCACUCAAAAAAUCCCCAACCAAAACAAUAUGAAUACUAUUAAUGAGAUCAAUGAUAUAGUCUCAGAUAUUUAUCUAGCUUUCACAGAGAGCAAAGCCAAUACAUUUGUCAUUUAUGGUGGAUCCAUGACUAUUCUGUGGCUGAAUACUUAUGUAUUCCUAGGAUUUCCUGGAUAUAAGGAAGAUAGAUCGUUUGGAAAGGUGUGGAUUGUGACUGCCCAGUUUGAAUUUACAUUGACAGGUUUUGAGAGAGGCACUGAUUUUCAGUUAUUUGAAGGUGCUCUUUCUUUCAAAAUCCACUCCAAUGAGAUUCAAGGAUCCCAGCAAUUCCUUCAUACCAUAAGACCAGGCUGGGCACAAGGAGAUGGUUUUUUCAAAGUAUUCUGGGAGCAAGCAUUUGACUGUUUAUUUCCAGAUCCUGAAGAACCACUGGAGGCUGAUGGAAAAUGUACUGGGAAGGAGAAGCUGGAGCGCCUUCCUAGGUUUGCUUUUGAAAUGAGCAUGAGUGGCCACAGCUGCAGUAUCUAUAAUGCUGUCUAUGUCAUAGCACAUGCUCUGGAAGACAUGUACUCAUCUACAUCCAAGGACAUAGCAAUGGCCAGAGGCAAGAGCCUUGAACAUCAAGUUCUCCAGCCAUGGAAGGUGAAGCCUGUUUCUGUGUGUAGCGAUUCUUGUCAUCCCGGUUAUCAGAAAAAAAGGAAAGAAGGAGAGAAAUUUUGCUGUCAUGAUUGUGCAUCAUGUCCGGAAGGGAAGAUUUCAACACAGAGAGAUAUGGAUGACUGUUUCAAAUGCCCCCAAAAGGAAUACCCAAGCAGAGACCAAGAUAAAUGUAUUCCCAAAACUGUAACCUUUCUGUCUCUUGAAGAACCUUUGGGGAUCAGUUUAGCCUCUAUUGCUUUUGCUUUUUCCCUGAUCACAGUUUCAGUGCUAGGGAUUUUUAUUAAGCUGCAAGAUACUCCCAUAGUCAAAGCCAACAACCGGGACCUCACCUACAUUCUCCUGUUCUCUCUCCUGCUCUGCUUCCUCUGUUCUUUACUUUUUCUUGGAAGACCUAACCAAGUGACCUGCUUUCUCCGUCAGCCUGCUUUUGGCAUCGUCUUCUCGGUGGCUGUUUCUUGUGUAUUAGCCAAAACCAUCACAGUGGUUGUUGCCUUUAUGGCCACCAAACCAGGGUCUGGCAUGAGGAAGUGGGUGGGGAAAAGACUGGCCAACUCCAUUGUCCUUUCCUGCUCACUUUUUCAAGCAGGCAUUUGUGUGGUGUGCUUAGCAAUCUCUCCUCCAUUCCCAGAUCUGGAUAUGGAGUCCUUAACUAAACAGAUCAUAGUGGAAUGCAAUGAAGGUUCUGCCAUCAUGUUUUAUCUCGUCCUGGGUUACCUGGGACUUCUAGCCAUCAUCAGCUUCACUGUGGCUUUCAUUGCCAGGACCUUGCCGGAUGCUUUCAAUGAAGCCAAGUUCAUCACCUUCAGCAUGUUGAUUUUUUGCAGUGUUUGGUUUUCCUUUGUUCCAACCUACCUGAGCACCAAGGGGAAAUACAUGGUAGCUGUAGAGAUUUUCUCCAUCAUAGCUUCCAGUCUUGGGUUGCUGGUCUGUAUCUUUUCCCCAAAAUGCUACAUUAUUGUGUUGAGGCCUGAUCUAAACACCAAGGAGCAGCUAACAAGGAGAAAGAAUUAG